AUGGACAUCAUCACCAACUCCAUAGACAUGACUGGAAGCAACAGUACCAACACCAGCCACUGCCCUUACGCUGAGGAGUGGUACUGGCUCCACACCAUGCAACCGGCCUACAUCCUGGCCACCAGCAUACUGGGGAUUCUGGAUAAUGUCUUUGUCCUGUUGGUGUUCUGCCUGCAUAAGAAGGCCUGCACCGUAGCAGAGAUCUACCUGAGCAACCUGGCUGCUGCUGAUCUUCUCCUGGUCUCCUGUCUCCCCUUCUGGGCUGUCAAUGUGGCCAACGGCUUCGACUGGGCCUUCGGCCCCCUGCUGUGUCGCCUGGUCAACGUGGGCAUCAAGAUGAACGCCUACAGCAGUAUCUACUUCCUGGUUCUGGUCAGUGUGGACCGCUAUGUGGCGCUGGUGCAUACUAUGAGCCACGGGAGGAUGAGGAGGCCCUCCUACGCCAAGCUGGGCUGUUUGUUAGUGUGGGGCUUUGGCCUGUUGCUGGGCACCCCUACCAUGCUCUUCAGGGCAGUGAAGUGGUUCCCAGACAUCCAGGUGACCGCCUGCUUCUUGGACUACCCCAGUCCCAAGAUGGAGGUGGUGUUCGACGUGAUGCUCAUUGUGUUGGGGUUUGCCAUCCCUGUGUCAGUGAUCUCCUACUGCACCUGUCAGAUCAUCCACGCCCUGAAUAACCAGGCCAUGGAGAGGAUCAAGGCGGAGCACACAGAAAGGAAGGCCACUCUGCUGGUGCUGGCUGUUCUCCUGACCUUCCUGCUCUGCUGGGUGCCCUUCCACCUAGUCACGGCCCUGGAAGUCCUCCAGAGGGCGGGCGUAAUCUCAGGCUGCCACCUGAGCAACAGUCUGGAGAUCUGCAAACAAGUGUUCACCUACCUGGGCUUCUUCAACAGCGUGCUCAACCCAGUCCUUUACGUGAUCGUGGGGAAGAACUUCAGGAAGAAAGUCAAGGAUGUGUUCAAACAACUGUCUAUGAGGAAGAAAUGGCCACCAGAUCACUACGAUCGCAAUAGUCAUCCACACUCAAAAAACUGACUUGAGUUUAAUGCACAUGAAGGGCCGGUUUCCCGGACUAAAAGUUUGUUCAAUGGAAAUUCUCUUAGUCCUGGACUAAAAAUUAUUUCAGUCCAAGAUUAGGCUUAAUCUGUUUCUGGAAAACCAACCCAAAAGGGAACACGUUAUAACUUUUACCUCUAUGACCGAAAUUGACACUGGAGCACUCAGCCCCCCCCCCCCUGUUGAGUUGACUGCAUUCUAUUUAAGUAUACUAAUUGCCUUCACAGUAUCAAUGUGCUUUAACUUAGAAACCAUGCUUCAGUUCAGAAUUUAUUUAUCAACACUGUAUAUGUUAUCUAGGAUGGCUGGUUCUUUUAAUUUUGUGCAAUAUAUAUAAAUACUACACAGUAUAUUUGUGUUCUGUCAAAUAAGCUGUGUAAAUAGGAACUUAUUGUGUUCUAAAAAUGAGUCAGUAUUUAGUAGAAAUGUACAUUGAACAGUUUUUGUUAAUGGAGCGGUAGUGGCUAGUAAGCCGGUGACGACGAACGCCAAAACCUGCCCGAGCAAGGAGGAGGGGCAUUUUGUUACUUUUGAGAACAUUAUUUAACCCCCCUAAGGUCAAUGUCCGGGCCUCUGUGGAAAUCUAAUUAGCAUUAAAAAUACAAAUAAAAAUCUGUCAGUUUAAACUAGAGAUAUCUGUUAUUUUGUCUCAAUCCACCACAUCCGCCUAUGUCGCACUUCCGCAUCUGCAGUGAAAGGUGACAGAGCUACAGCAGUGUUUGUCAGAUCAUGAGACAUCCGGAAAAUCGGUCUGUAGCGUCCAACCGGUUUUGCCUACAAACACGAUGGUGUUCUCCGUUUUGCCUACAAACACGAUGGUGUUCUCCGUUUUGCCUACAAACACGAUGGUGUUCUCCGUUUUGCCUACAAACAUGAUGGUGUUCUCCGUUUUGCCUAAGACCUCCACAAGUUUCAGAAGACUCGUCGGAAGUCGGUACAGCCGAUCUGCCAACAUGUAUGUAGCGUCUAAACUGUUGGGGCUACACACUAAUAUGACCCCUCUGUGCAAAGGUGAGACUCUCACGAACAUGUACAUGUCGGUUGUUGUUGUGCUCUAGGACGCCCACAGGCCUCACAAGACUCGUCUGAAGGUCCCCAUGUACCAGUUUUAAAAAAUGAAUGGAAGUAUAUGGAGAUUGUUUAAUGUAGAUGUCCAAAAAUAUGGGCUUAAAUACAUGUAAAAAAAAAAAUAAUAAUUUUCAUGCUCUCAGAUAUUGGAGAGACACAUCAGAACAAACUUCAUUUUGGUAUAUUUUUGGGACUAUCUGUUGUACCAUGUAGUGAAUCUGUUAUUCAAUGUGUUUGUUUGGUUUAAUAGCAAUAAGGCCCAAAAUAAUUUGAUCAAAUAUUGUUUUUAUAUUUUAUUUCAUACUUCAAGGGAUCUUAAAACUCUAAAUCAAAUAGUUAAAUGAUGCUUGGUAUGACCUUCUUAAAACAAUUCCAUAUAGCUUAGUAGAACCCUCCUGCUUGGACAGGGCUUAGGCUCUGCUGGGUUAAAACAAACCAACUAUGUCUGUCUUGUUGAAUCAUUUUAAAUGCAUGUCAAUGUGAGACGACCACCUAAAACUAAACACAGAGCGGCCCAGAUGAACUCUGGGUUAGUGAUUUAUAGUGUUUUCUUUGACUAAAUGUCUGAAUGGCUAAAUUAGUGAAUGUGUCACAGACUUUCCAGUGGUGACAAAAGUUGUGUCCCUUUGUGUGGGCAGAGAAUAUUACACUCUCUUAUAAUUUUUUCCCAAACCCCAACUUUAUUGGUUAGACAGGAGCGACUGUGGUCAGGGGCCUGAUAACCAACCUGAUAACCAGCAACGACGAGUCAGCCAAUAGGGAGGAGGUAAGUGAACUGGCAUUGUGGUGCCAGGACAACAACCUCUACCUCAAUGUCAGCAAAACAAAGGAGUUGAUUGUUGACUUCAGGAGCAGAGGAGGGAACACUGCAGUAGAGAAAGUCAGCAGUUUUAACUUCCUCGGCAUCCACAUCACCGAUGACUUGACAUGGACCAACAACACCACCACUCUUGUCAAGAGGGCGCAAUAGCGCCUCUACUUCCUAAGGCAGCUGAAGAAAUUCGGCAUGCCACCCCGGGUCCUCUCCACUACUACCGCUGCACCAUCGGGAGCAUCCUGACCAGUUGCAUCACAGCCUGGUAUGGCAAUUGCUCCAUCCACAACUGCAAGGCCCUCCAGUGGGUGGUGAAGACGGCCUAGUACAUCACUGGGGCAUUGUUCCCACCAAUCAAGGACAUCUACUUGAAACUGUGCCUGAGGAAGUCCCGCAGCAUCAUCAAAGAGCCCACACACCCCAGCCACGAGCUGUUCUCUCCCUUAUCGUUGGUCAGACGGUAUCGGAGCAUGAGGUCUGAUACCAACAGGUUCAGAGACAGUUUCUAUCUACAAGCCAUCCGACUGCUGAACACUUGAACUGGACUGACCACCUGCACUGACUCUCCCCACCUUAGCAUACACACACACACACACACACACAUGCACCUGCUGUGACCAGACUCUUAUUUACUAUUGCUAAUACUGCACAAUUUAACCCAUAAGAGUCUAAGCCCUCUCUAAGCCGGGGGAGGGGGGUUCUACUAAGCUUUAUGGAAUUGUUUUAAGAAGGUCGUAUCAAGGAUCAUUUAGCCAUUUGAUUUUGAAUUUUAAGACCCCUUUGAAGUAUAUCUCUUUUUUAUAUAUAUAAUGUAUGAUUUUUCUGGGGGGGAAUUUCUGCUAUUAGCCCAUACAAAAGCAUUGAAUAACAGAUUCACUACAUGGAACAACAGAUAGUCCCAAAAGAAAAUCAAAAGGAAGUUUGUUCUGAAGUGUCUGUCCUUUAUCUGAGAAAUAAGAAAGAUUAGGAAACAUUAUUUUUAUUUUAUUUUUUAUACAUGUAUUUAAACACUUGCCCCCCAAUCACCCCUUCCCUUAUACAUGUGUUAAUAUUGUACUAUAAAUUGUGCCUCCCUGUAUUUUAUGCUAAAAUGUUUAUUCUAUUCUACAGAGCCAUUUACUUGAUGUUCGUAUUCUUAUCUUUUCUUAUUUCUUAUUGGUGUUGCAUUGUCGAAAAGGAACAUGCAAGGAAGCAUUUCGUUGGACAAUGUAUACCACGUCUAUCUUGUACAUACGACUAAUAAAACUUGAAACUGAAACCAUUGUGUGGGUGAAGUAAUUGAUGAGGCACAGAGAGGAAACAUUUUGCUGCCGGGUCAAAAAAGUGUGCUACUCUUAGGUACUUCAGUCAAAAAGAGUGUGCUAGGUGUAGACAGAGUCAGUCCACAGAGAGUGUGCUCCAUGUCAUCCAGAUAACCUAGAAGGGCCAUCUGUUGCCUGCAGCACCAUUUAGAUGACUGUACAUCACAGUGGUUUAUGUAAAGAGAUGAGGUGUGCUUCACAAGGCAACAGCACGCAGAGCCUGUGUACUCUCACUAAUAUCAAUAUUAGCCCUUCCAUUCUCUUCCUCCCAAGUCCCUUAGCACAUUAGUCAUUUUAUUUUGAGCCAGAGGGUAGCAGUUUACUUUACUUUGAAAUGAGAGAAGUAGUGGUACACAUGUUCAAUAGCAUUGACAUAAUGAAAAGCUUUUGAUGUUUUAUAAUAUAAAAUUGUGCUCCAACAUUGACACACACAAUCUCUUUUCGGUCAGCUCUCGAAAUGGUCUCAAACUGGUCGGGGGACCCUCUCAUGGAGGGUGUGCUCAUGGCCGAGGACGAGUGUAACCACACAACAGCCUGGGAGUGGGUGUACUCCAUCCAGCCAGCUUACAUGUCCGUCAUCUGCCUGCUGGGAAUGGUGGGCAACACCUUCGUGCUGUGUGUGUUCUGCCUCCAGAGAAGACACAGCACAGUGGCAGACAUCUACCUGGGGAACCUGGCUGCUGCAGACCUCCUCAUGGUAUCCUGCCUGCCCUUCUGGGUGGUGGCAGUCGUACAGGAGUUCCAUUGGCCGUUUGGUGAGCUUAUGUGUCAGCUGGUGAACAUUGUCAUUGGGAUGAACUACUACUGCAGCGUCCUGUUCCUUACACUGGUGAGUGUGGACAGAUACCUGGUGCUGGCCCGUCCCCUGUCGUCCCAGGGCAGAGGGAGAAGACCAGCCUGGGCCAGUGGGAUCUGCCUGGGAGUCUGGGUGGUGGGCGCUCUUCUCAGCCUUCCAGCCCUGCUCUUCCGAUCCGUCCAGUUCUUCCCCCACCUGGGGGUGGAGGCAUGCUACAUGGCAUACCCCCACGACGGCUGGAGGCUGCGCUACAACCUGACCAUCAACAUAGUGGGCUUUCUGGUUCCUGUACCCAUUGUGUCCUUCUGCAGCUACCACAUCAUCAGAGUCUUACGGGACAACCAGGCGAGCAGGGUGAGGAGCACGGCGGCGGCUGGCACGGAGAGGAAGGCUGCCCACCUGGUGCUUAUCGUCCUGGCCAUCUUCAUCCUCUGCUGGCUGCCCUACCAGGUUGUCAUCUUCCUGGAUACCCUGUAUCACUAUGAGGUCAUCUCUGGCUGCGGCUGGGUGGAUGCAUUAGACAUCAGCACUCAACUGGCUACCUACCUGGGCUACAGCAACAGCUCACUGAACCCUUUUCUGUAUGUGAUUGUGGGGAAGCACUUUAAGCAGAGGGCCAAAGGGGUAUGUAGACAGAUGAUGUGCUGUGAAAAGGGAAGGAAGUCCUAUCAUACUGUCAAUCUAAACUCCACCAUUAAGUACACAGACUCCACUAAGGUAUGAUUUAUAAACCCUAAAUAACAAUGUCAUUUUAAAGCACAUAUUUCUGCACUAGCAUCACUUUUUUGUGUAACAGUAUGAUAAUACUUGUGAAUGUGUUUUGUGUUUAUAUUGUAUUUAGCUUUUGCUACUGUGUGUUUUCUAUACCUGUAUCUCAAAAAGGUUUCUCAGUGAUUUGAUAUUUUACAGGCAGGAUGGUUUAGACAUUUUUAUACAUUAAUACAAAUCAAACAUUUGUAAAGUCCUUGAUAAUAAUCUAUUUUAUAUGAUAAGUGAAUGUUUUCUGACCAAUACUGUGGAAUAGUUAUUGAAUAGCUAAACUGCACAAAUUGCAAUGACUUGUUUGGUACUUACCAUGAACAAUUCCAUGUGAUAUGAUUGAAUGUAGUUAUGGACAGGUCAGAGUAAUAAUCCAAAUAUACCCUCACAUUGUCAUAAUGUGUGAGAAAGGGAUUAAGAGGACAUUCUUAUUCAACUCUAAGAUGAUGUCUAGCCAGCAAACAGACAUUGUUUGUCGUGAUGAAUAUCGGCCAUACAGUAUAACAGAUCAGCAUGCCUUUAAGUUGAGAAGCUAAGUAUGUUUACAGAGAGUAUGACUAAUUGUUUUUGAGUGUCUAAGAGGGAAAGAUCAGAGGGGUGUAGUCUGUACUGUAUAUAUCUGUUCUGUACACUAAAGUAUAUGUUUUGGUCUAUGUAGAAAUGAACCAGAGUGAAAUAAGACAGACACAUAUCAAGUGGACCUAAAGCAUGGACCUACACUGAGUGUACAAAAAAUUAGGAACACCUUCCUACUAUUGAGCUGCAACCCCUUUUUCCCCUCAGAACAGCCUCAAUUUGUCGGGGCAUGGACUCUACAAGGUGUCGAAAACAUUCAACAGGGAUGCUGGCCCAUGUUGACUCCAAUCCUUUCCACAGUUGUGUAAAGUUGGCUGGAUAUCCUUUGGGUGGUGAACCAUUCUUGAUACACACGGGAAACUGUUGAGUGUGAAAAACCCAGCAAUGUUGCAGUUCUUGACACACUCAAACCGGUGCGUAUGGCACUUACAACCAUACCACGUUCAAAGGCACUUAAUUAUUUUGUCUUGCCCAUUCACCCUCUGAAUGGCACACAUACACAAUAAUAAUAUAAUAAUCUAUGUCUCAAUUGUCUCAAGGCUUGAACAUCCUUCUUUAAUCUGUCUCCUCCCCUUCAUCGACACUGGUUGAAGUGGACUUAACAAGUGACAUCAAUAAGGGAUCAUAGCUUUCACCUGGAUUCACCUGGUCAGUCUAUGUCAUGGAAAUAGCAGGUGUUCCUAAUGUUUUGUACACUCAGUGUACAGUCCCUAUAGAAUGUUUCUGUAAAAAUAUACAUUACAAGUACACUCUAUAAUCCAGAAACAUUAUUUUCUUGUGUUACUAUUACAUUUGUAUCUAUUUGUUAAUUUUAUUUCUUUUUAAUUGCAUUGUUGGGAAAGGGCAAGUCUACACUUGUUGUAUUUGGCACAUGUGACAAAUAAAAUGUUAUUCAAUUUGAAACAACUCAUGAUGAAAUAUAAACAGAGACUGUUCUACGAUUAAGUUUAAAUCUACUUGAGAGAAAGGGGGAACAGAAAGGAAAUCAUAGAUCAAGCCAUCUACUUGGCCCUCGGCCUGCAAUUAUGUACAGUUGAAGUUGGAAGUUUACAUACACCUUAGCCAAAUACAUUUAAACUCAGUUUUUCACAAUUCCAGACAUUUAAUCCUAGUAAACAUUCCCUGUUUUAGGUCGGUUAGGAUCACCACUUUAUUUUAAGAAUGUGAAAUGUCAGAAUAAUCCUUUCAACACAUUCCCAGUGGGUCAGAAGUUUACAUACACUCAAUUAGUAUUUGGUAGCAUUGCCUUUAAAUUGUUUAACUUGGGUCAAACGUUUCGGGUAGCCUUCCACAAGCUUCCCACAAUAAGUUGGGUGAAUUUUGGCCAAUUCCUCCUGACAGAGCUGGUAUAACUGAGUCAGGUUUGUUGGCCUCCUUGCUCGCACACGCUUUUUCAGUUCUGCCCACACAUUUUCUAUAGGAUUGAGAUCAGGGCUUUGUGAUGGCCACUCCAACACCUUGACUUUGUUGUCCUUAAGCCAUUUUGCCACAACUUUGGAAGCAUGCUUGGGGUCAUUGUUCAUUUGGAAGACCCAUUUGCGACCAAGCUUUAACUUCCUGACUGAUGUCUUGAGAUGUUGCUUCAAUAUAUCCACAUACUUUUCCUUCCUCAUGAUGCCAUCUAUUUUGUGAAGUGCACCAGUCCCUCCUGCAGCAAAGCACCCCCACAACAUGAUGCUGCCACCCCCGUGCUUCAUGUUUGGGAUGGUGUUCUUUGGCUUGCAAGCACCCACUUUUUCCUCCAAACAUAACAAUGGUCAUUAUGGCCAAACAGUUCUAUUUUUGCUUCAUCAGACCAGAGGAUAUUUCUCCAAAAAGUAAGAUCUUUGUCCCCGUGUGCAGUUGCAAACCGUAGUCUGGCUUUUUUAUGGCGGUUUUGGAGCAGUGGCUUCUUCCUUGCUGAGCGGCAUUUCAGGUUAUGUCGAUAUAGGACUUGUUUUACUGUGGACAUAGAUACUUUUGUACCUGUUUCCUCCAGCAUCUUCACAAGGUCCUUUGCUGUUGUUCUGGGAUUGAUUUGUACUUUUCGCACCAAAGUACGUUCAUCUCUAGGAGACAGAACGCGUCUCCUUCCUGAGCGGUAUGACGGCUAUGUGGUCCCAUGGUGUUUAUACUUGCGUACUAUUGUUGGUACAGAUGAACGUGGUACCUUCAGGCGUUUGGAAAUUGCUCCCAAGGAUGAACCAGACUUGUGGAGGUCUACAAUUUUGUUUUCUGAGGUCUUGGCUGAUUACUUUUGAUUUUCCCAUGAUGUCAAGCAAAGAGGCACUGAGUUUGAAGGUAGGCCUUAUAAUACUGCCACAGGUACACCUCCAAUUGACUCAAAUUAUGUCAAUUAGCCUAUCAGAAGCUUCUAAAGCCAUUACAUAAUUUUCUGGAAUUUUCCAAGCUGUUUAAAGGCACAGUCAACAUAGUGUAUGUAAACUUCUGACCCACUGGAAUUGUGAUACAGUGAAUUAUAAGUGAAAUAAUCUGUCUGUAAACAAUUGUUGGAAAAAGUACUUGUGUCAUGCACAAAGUAGAUGUCCUAACCAACUUGCCAAAACUAUAGUUUGUUAACAAGAAAUUUGUGGAGUGGUGAAAAACUAGUUUUAAUGACUCCAACUUAAGUGUAUGUAAACUUCCGACUUCAACUGUACAUGUUCUUACACCUCUUCCAAAAAGCUCCAGACCACUUUAUAGAGGUUAUAAUAAUGUUCUAAAAUAAUUCUAAAAGGAAAGCCAAAGACAUUCUAAAAUAAAUGUGUUUGUACACUUGGACAACAAGCUCUUCGCUUGACAAAAUACAUGUUCUCUCCUUGAGUAUUCGUAUAUACUGACUUGACCUUUGGCGCUUCAGGAGGCAAACUGAAAAUGUCUUAUAAACAAGUUGACAUACACGGUGGGACAAGGGUGUCGAAGAAUGCUGUAUACAGAACCAAACUUUCCAGCAGAUCUCUCCCUAACUCAGUGAGUAGCUUAAAGAUGAACAACACCACAAAACUCCUUACAAAAAUAAAUGAACACUAGGUAAGCAAUUUAUUACAUUACCUUAAAAAAGAUGGCUUUGUGAGCCAGGCAUCUGAAUAAAGUAAUUAUAUAGAGACUAAAGUAGUUUAAUACAAAUUAAUACUUAUAGACCAAAACACUGAGACUUCCACUUUUUAGAGGUUAUUCAACUUGACAAGAAGAAAGCAUAGUCAUUUGAUCAGCCAUCUGUAUUUUUAAGGAUGUUCUACACAGAGUUGCACAUGAUAAAUCUUUUAUUAGUUACUAAAUCACAUUUUAGAAGAAAUAUUAAUACAAAAAAUGUGUGAUCAAUUACUCCAAGGACUCAUGUCAUGUCUUUAUUAAAACAUCAUGCUUAAAUCCCUCUUUUGUCAAACAACACCAGAAAUACUAAACAUAUCUGUGGAUUCUGCAUACUUAAGCAACAGCUUAAGUGACUAAUGGUGACCCUACAGGGGAGUUUUGAAGAGUUUGGACUUCAGCAUAAUGUUUUGAAAGAUAUCUGGCUACAAUGUUCAGGAGAUUGAUUACAGUGUUUUCCCCAUUUGGCUUCUAUUUCCAUGCCAAAUACAGUAUCCAACUUCAGUGUCACAAUAUUUACAUGAAUAUUGUUGUUUUUUAGUGGAUAGUAAGCACAGAUAAGAUAUUUUCAUUUAUUUUCCAUUGAGCACAGAGCUGAUGGUCUCCAUGGCAAUGCUACUGUCAGAAAACAUUAGCACAAUACUUCCCACCAUCUAGACUCCGCUCCACAACAGAAUGGAUCCUGGUCCACAGCAUCGUCCCUCCCUACAUUUAUUCAUUGGUGGUCUGCCUCAUCCUGUGGCUGUUUGGGCUGCUGAUGGGGGUGCUGGCGACGAUUCACAUAAAGGUGAUGUUUGUUGAUGAACUUCAGACAAUGGUGUGUAUUCUGGAGUAUCCUGAAAACUCAGGGAAAUCUUGGAAGCUGGCCCACAACCUCCUGAUGAACAUUGUGGGCUUUAUUCAACCUUUUGUGGUGAUUAUUUCCUGCAGUUGUAACAUCAUUAGAGCCCUGAGGAAGAAGAGGGAGAGUGUUUACAUAGAGGAUAGAAACUACAGGAAGGCCACAGUCCUCGUUUACGCCGUGACGAUGCUGUUCCUUGUGUGUUGGAGUCCCUUCAAACUCUUCACCCUACUCGAUAUACUGUGUGAAACAGAGGUUUUGGACGAGAUGUGGGAUCAUACCCUGGAUAUUGGAACCCAGCUUUCAACCUACCUAACGUUUCUGAACAGUAGACUAAACCCUGUGCUGUAUGUAUUUUCUGGUCUGUAGGAGGAAAGGAGGAAAGUUAGCGCCAUCUACAGGAGAACUAAGAAUCGCAGGAGUUCUGCUACAACUGAAAGCUGAAAUGCCUGUGUAUCAACCUAUCACCACAGGGUUGAUCAAAUCAAACCUGUUGUAA